AUGAACGCCGACGACGAGAUGCGCCUCAAGACGACCACUAUUCGAGCUCAAGACGACGCGAUGAAGACCGCCGGAGCUCUCACCGUGAAAGUUCUCGACGCAGAUCAUCCCGCAGCCCAGCUGAAAGAACUAGCGGCCGAAGUGAUCGUGAUCGGCCUCGUCGCGAGCGCAGAGAGCGAUCAACAAGCUCAGCUGGUGAAGACCGCCGGAGACACAGACACCGCAGCCACCGACACCGUGAUACCCGCCGCGAAGAUGAAGGACGAUCGUCUCGGAGGCAUCGGGAUGCGCGAUCACGCUCUCGCUCUCGCUCACCCCGAAAAUCACGCAGCCCUCCACCACAAGCAUUGGAACGGCGUGGCCCCCUCCCCUCGCAGUCCGACGCAUUCACCGAUGUGGCGAACCCUUCAGAUGCACCAGUACCAGAAAAACAAAAGCCAAACUUCAAUGCUACUGGGCGGUACGGAGAUAGUUCUGAAAUACCAUGAGCCUCCAGAGGCGCGCAAGCCGCCCUCCAAAGAAGCUUGGAGGAUGUAUGUGUUCAAAGGACAAGACCUGCUGGAAACGGUUGAAUUGGGUGAACGAAGUUGCUGGCUGGUUGGUCGCGAGCGAAUGGUGGUCGACUUCCCACUCGAUCAUCCCAGCUGCUCGAAGCAGCAUGCAGUGCUACAAUUCCGAUUUGUUGAAAAGCGCAACGAAUACGGUGAUCGCAUUGGCAAGGUCAAGCCUUAUUUAAUUGAUCUUGAGAGUGCAAAUGGAUCGAGCGUUAACGGGGAGACCAUCCCUGCUGGUCGCUACGUGGAAGUCAUGGACAAGGACGUGAUUCGAUUCGGGUUGAGUUCGCGUGAAUACGUCCUCAUGCUGCCUCCUAGCUGA